GGGGAAUAACUUUUCCAAGUUAAAACGAAUGUGGGUGAUUAGUUAUCUAAUUUCUGAUCUUAAACUCUUACCACUAAAAAAUACCCAGUUUUGGCUCGAAAUUCUUGGAUUGGCCAUACAUUUAUAGAAUUGCCUUUUGAUAUACCUAACUCGUUUGGUAAACUGGGAUUCACCGAAUCAGUUCAAUAGACAUGGAUCUUUCAGAAUCAGGAGGGUUCUUUCCAGAUGCUCUUCCCUCCCCCUCCCCAAGCACUACUUCGGUCAGCUCCACCUCAUCCAAUUUACCACAGCCACGUGCGAAACCUCUUCGUGCCGGAUCAGCAAAAGAGCAAGCUGCAAGGCGCUAUGUUGAAAACAGACUACUUCACAUCUCGAGACGAUACACUAGAAAAUUUGAGGAGCCCGAAGAAGGAGAUUCGGUAGUUGGCUAUGUAAGUAUGAAGGAGGUAGCUAAGGACCUUUCCGAGAUAAUAGAUGUGCUAUGGCUCUCAAGUACACCGAAUUUGCAAAUUCCGUAUUUGCUAAAUGUGGCUCUGGUAAUGACUACAUAUCCCACCAAAUUCCCUCCAGCACCGGUUGCAACCUUUGCUGUUUUGAGAAAACUGGAUCAUGCAUUUGCUAGCUUACUGAGAGGAGAAGACUCGAUCACUGGAGAGACUUUACCGGGAUUUCUAGCGGGUAGGAGAGCGGGGAUGAGCCAGACUGAUAUGGUUAGAUGCAGAAGUAUAGUCGAAGAUACAAGAGUGAUGAUCGUAGACGUCAUGAGUAAGGAAGCUGAACCAGAGCCCGAACCUGAGAGUGGUGUCGAGGAUGAUGUCAACAAUGAGCCCGAAGGUAUGAAUCUAGACGAGGACGACUCAGAAUACGAUAAUGAUGAGCUCGCCAUGGACAUUGCCAGAGUUUAUGAGGCAACAAUGAUGGAGCUCGGCGAAAGGCUAGAAAGUGGUCCCAACAUUGGAAUCGGGCACAACGAUUCAUGAAUAAAACAAAACUCACAUUCACGAGAGGUUAUUAGGGCAAACUCGGACAAAUCCUACUGAGCCAAAUUAGCCAAACUAUCAAAGACGUGAGGACCUGCCCCGAAACAGCGAUACUUUUCAUCGACAAGAGUUCCCAUCGAAUGAAGAUAUGCUUCUUCUACAUUUGUGUCCAUGGAUGUGGAAAGUCAAAGGACAUAGUAUAUAGUUGGCCAUAUGAACUACCUUCGAAGACUCUCAUAUUCGAAAGAGUGCAGGAGCAUGCUGACUAAUGCCACGGCGAUGAUUCGCCAUGCAUCUUAAUAGUUCGAGGAUGGGAUUUUGAGGAGGAAGGGAAGAUUGCAAAGGUCCCUAACGAGAAAGAAGCCAUCAAUGCGGUGUUUAUGGAUCUCGGAAAUGAAGAAAUGAGAAAAAUCAUCAAUCUAUGCGGCCAUAGGGCCUUACACAACAAUGUCAGUCUCCUGUGUUCAGGAGCCUGUACUUUACUUAUAACAACAAUCGACUUCAUUCGAAUCCAUCCUAUUAGCGUCAUUCAAUGUGUAUCUUGACCGCAAGCUUA